UUUCUGUAAAAGAAAUGUCAUUUAACAGCUGAUGGUCAUACUUUGUUUUGCGUCUGAGGGUUUUCUACUUUUAUUUUCCUAGUUCGCGUAAAUAUUUUUAAACAAUUUAAAAAAAUGAGUGAAGAGGAGCCCCAUAAGAGUUUAAUGGUUUUUGGUCGAGAUGUCGGCCAAAUCCCAUGCUUCCGAAGUUCUUUUCUAUAUGGAAUUUGUGGUGGACUGACAGUAGGUGCUUUAACAUUUUUAAAAACCUCUAGAGUUCAAUACUCAACGCACAUUGGGUUUGGAUCGUUUGUAGUUGGAACAUUUGGAUAUUGGUUUGUUUGCAGAUACCAAUGGUCAAAGAAAAAGUUUGAAUACCAACAACUUAAAGCAGCCAUGAAACAACAAGCUCGCUACGAAGGAACCGAUAUUGAGAAGAGAUUACAAGAUGCGUAGCAAUUUAAUCCUAGUUUCUAUAAGGAAUACCUAGGUACUUGAUGUCGUUUUGUUAUAAUUAGUAAAAGUCGAAGUUCAAAAGAUUUUAUAAUUAAAUAAAAUUAAAAAAAGAAACUACUUGAA